AUGCAUCCUUUCAAAAUUUUGUUUUGUUUUGCCCUCUCGCUGCUCCUUCCUUACUCGAGUGCCCUCCACAUCACCAAUCAGACCAUUGACAAAUUUCUUCUCGAUGAGUACGACUACGUCGUUGCUGGUGGCGGCCUCUCCGGACUCGUUGUCGCGAACCGGCUCAGCGAGAAUUCCGAUGCGACUGUCCUCGUAAUCGAGGCCGGCGACCUUGACCGCCGCGAGGGUCGGGUCAUCAUCCCAGGGUACAUUGGACGUACGCCCCCCUCCGGCUAUGGUCAAGAUGUCCUCACCGCGCCCCAGACCUUCUUGGACGGAAAGACGCGAGACAUCAACCAGGGGAAAGUCGUUGGUGGUGGAUCGGUUGUGAAUGGAAUGUGCUGGACCCGAGGCGCCGCUGCCGACUUCGACGCCUGGGAGGAGCUCGGCAACGACGGUUGGGGAUGGAAAGGCCUUUUGCCAUACUUCAAGAAGGUUGAGAAGUACACGACCAACGUGGGUCAAGGCAUUCGUGACGAGUUCAACAUCAAGCCCAACAUGUCUUUCCAUGGAACCAACGGUCCCAUCAACGUGGCGUACCCGGAUCAUAUCUACAACACAUCCAGCAGCGUUCUCCAAGGUCUUGCCGAAGUCGGUAUCCAUACAUCCAACGACGUCAACUCGGGUGACCCGACCGGCGCUAUGAUCGUCGCCUCGAGCAUGUCCCCCACAAACCAGACGAGAUCUGAUGCGAGGACUGGCUACUUCGACACAGCCAACGCGCGCUCCAACUUCCACGUUGUCACUGGUCACAUGGCCACGCGGCUGAUCGUAGGGUUGCCCGGCUCCCUGACCAACCAGGAAAGCCGCCGCAUCAUCGGCGUCGAGUAUAAGCUUUCAUCUGGUCUGUCGGAUAUUAACAGAACCGUCACUGUGAACAAAGAAGUCAUACUGGCCGCCGGGGCCAUCCAGACGCCUGUUCUUCUUCAAGUCUCCGGCAUUGGUCCUCGUCAAGUUUUGGAAUCCUUGAAUAUUUCCACGCAGAUCGAUCUGCCCGGAGUCGGAAACAAUUUUCAAGAUCAUCCCAUGGCUAGAUUCCCAUAUGAUUGUCCCUUGACAACGCCUUUGAUCAACACUGUCGCCUUCCCAGCGCUCAAGUAUCACGCUGACGAGUGGAGAACCCUUCUCGCCCAUUCAAAGAACCAAUCAUUCGACUUCCUUCCUCUCGACACCCCGUCCGCUGUGGCAGCCGGCUACGCAAAGCAGAAGGCGUUACUACUAAACCACCUGGCCCGCGAAGACGUCGGCGCAUACGAACUCCUGGCCGCAUCAUGGGGUCAAAUCUCCAUCGCAAACCAGAAGCCCCUAUCUCGCGGCACCGUCCGGCCAUCCUCGUCCUCCGUCUACGACGCCCCCGCCGUUGACCCUCGCUACUGCGCCGACCCUCUCGACUGCAAGAUCAUCAGACUCGGCCUCCAGCUCACGCAGAGGCUGAUGGCCACCGACGCCAUGAAGCCGCUCCUGCCAGUAGUCGACGCCAAGUACAACUCUACCGACGAGCGAGAGCUCAUGGCGGCGCUGAAGCCGCUGGUGGGCACGGAGUAUCACCCUAGCGGCACGACGAGCAUGUUGCCGAAGGACCUUGGUGGUGUUGUGGAUUCUGAGUUGAUGGUGUACGGGACUUGCAACCUCCGUAUUGUGGACGCCGGCAUCAUGCCCAUGAUCCCAGGCGGACAUAUCCAGGCGGCUGUGUACGCAGUGGCGGAGAAGGCGGCGGAUAUCAUCAAGGCCGCUGCAGAUGGAACUUCGUGCCCGAUGGGACAGCCCCAGUGGCCUAUUGGACAGGGUCCUGUCAGCGGUGACGGGCAGUCGGCUUGA